UCUGAAGUCAGGUCCCCAGGCAGCACUUCCUGUUGGAGGGAUGAGAGGGAGUGAUCGUCCCAGCACAGCCCUCAGUCUGACUCAGAGAUGGGACCUUCAGUUUCUCUCCCAGGGAGCUCGGUGGUGGCGACGCUGUAACUUCAUCCUCAAGCAAAGUGAGACCGGCCUCGGCGCGGUGCGGCAGUGGACGGUGUUGAGGGGCGAUGCUGUCGGGUGUUUGAACCCCCCUCAAGAUGGAGCCGGUGAAACGAGACAUGGAGCUGCUCAGCAACAGCAUGGCCACCUACGCUCACAUCAAAGCGAACCCAGAGAGCUUCGCGCUCUACUUCAUGAUGGGCGUCUGCUUCGGCCUGCUGAUGGCGCUCUGCCUCCUGGUGGCCAGCAUCACCUGCAGGGCCCGCCGGCCCCGCGGGGCGCCGCCGUCCCCGGAGAGGAGGCAGCUGAAGGAGUCCAGCGAGGAGGACGAGGACGAGGACGAGGACGAGGAGGACGAAGAGGAGGCGGCAGCGGUGGUGGAGUGGCGCCCUCCGGCGGACGGAACCCUGCGGAGCGUCAACGUGUUCUCCUCCGCCGAAGAGCUGGAGAAGGCACGGCGGCUGGAGGAGCGCGAGCGCAUCGUCAGGGAGAUCUGGAGGAACGGGCAACCGGACGUCCUGUUCACCGGAACCGGAACCAUCGGACGAGGAACCGUCGGACCGGGAACCCUGGAGCGAGGCCAGCGCCACUGAGGCCGGCUCACGAGCCACGGCUCCCGGAAGCUAGCGGCUGCAGUACCGCCGGGCGUCUGACGGGGGCAAUGCUGAGGGUUCCUCCAGCGGCGUGUGACGCCAACUCUUCUUCUUGAGUCUUAAAUGAGCGCGGCGCCCUCUGGUGGACGUAGGAAGAGAGAACCUGCUCCUGGUUUCCCCCUUUGCGUAAAAGACUGGUUUUUGUGUUUCACUCAGCUUUUGAGUGAAAUUCCUCACAGCUUCUGACAUUUGUUUUCCAAAUAGAAAUACGUUAAAGGAACAUGUUUUUUUUCUCAUUCAGUGAGAUGCCACUGAGAACAUGUCGACGGUGACUCAGAGUAACAGAGAGAACAGACUUCCUGUUUCUGUAGUCACUGACAUGUAGUUUCAAUUACUUCAGCAUUUUUUACUUGUUUCGCCAUUUUAAUUUUUUUUUUUACAGUCGUUAUCUUAACUUUUUUUUUUUCUGAAAAAAGAAUGUUUGCAGCCUUUUUCGUUGCUUGAGCUGCUUCUUUGGCUGUUUUGACUCUUAAAGGCGUUUUGCUCAAUCUUCUGUUUCUAGCAGUGUCCAGGUUUUCACCUUCAUCCUAGGGUUUCAGUUAUUUUACCUCUAAAGCCAAGAGGCCAGAGUCCGUUUGUCAGAAUGACAUUUAUAUGUCAAUAAAUCAUUUAGAGAAAGCUUCAGGGAGCAGAACCCGACCCCGGCCUGAUACUGAUGGAUGGAAUUGAUGGGUAGGGAGUCGUAGCGAGGCGGGCGGAGGUUAUAGAUCCAGUCAUCUGACCCCCUCUAAACUAUCACUCCUCUGAAGUACUUCUGAUAUCCUAAUAAGAAUUUGUUUUGAAUAAGACGGUUUGAGGUCUGCUCCUGGAGAUAAUCACUUCUAAUCUAACGCUGCCCCCGAUGGCUCCCGGCGGAACUGCAGCGUUUGGUCUGGAAGCGUUCUGUUCAUCUGAAGACGUAAAGACGACGAAGUCGUCCAGACUAACUUCUUAAAAACAUUUUUUUGGGGAUGAUGAAGCCACGAAUCUGAGAUUGAAAAGGAGUGACUUCUCCAAAACGUCAAAAUGAAUCAAAACCUUCUGUCAAAGGAAUAAAAUUCAAUGUAAUUUCCAUUUAUUCUCCUACUAACAGGAGUCUCGACUCAGUCGGUCCAUCGGUGAUCAAUAUGUUCGGUCUGAUCAGUGUCUCACGUUGCAUUUCUUCCCUUCAUCUUUUCUCAUCUAUUUAUUGACUUUUGGACUCUUGGGGCUUCCAUCCUGUUUCAAUGCUUGUGGAUAUUUGUCUUUACUAACUGCUGGAAUGUGAAGAAUUAAACCACUGUGGUUUUUAAGCUGUAUUUCCAGUCAUUGUCACGGCGGUGCGCUGGUCUGGACAGCGUGGAGGAACCCAGGUUUGAGUCCUGGUUCUGGUAUAAAGGG